AUGUCAACGAAAGCAUUAGCCGUAGAACCUCCGACCUGUCCCAUUUCAGCAGCUGGUGGUAGAUCAGAACAUCUACUCAUUAAUCAAGCUGCAGCUCGUCUUGCUUUCAAAGUAAAAUCUACGAAUAAUUCAAAUUAUCGAGUAAAUCCUAAUAUGGGCUUUAUUGAAGUUGGUGGACAAAUAAAAAUGGAGAUAACACGAAUUGCUGGGAAACCAAAAGCUGAUCGUUUGGUGAUAUUAUUCGAUAUGGUGGAUGCUGCUGAGACAGACUACACUAAACCAUUCAAACCAGGUGCUCUCCAUACUGAUUUGUACGGUGAAUUUACAGUAAAAUUGUCAGCAGCUGAAUGA